GGGCCGGUGUACGUCACGGUGUGUACAUCCGCGCCCGCUUCACGGCUCUUGCCCAGGCAAAUCCCCGCCCUAUAUUCAAAAAUACACCGAACUCUAACCCUCAGCUCGGACACAAACUCACAGGUUAAGAGUGGCUCAGAUACAGUGUUGGAAAAGUUCUGCUUCGUCUCAUUUAAAAUGUGUGGAAGAACAGCAUGCACUCUUGCUCCUGACGAGCUGAAACGAGCCUGCUCUUACAGAAACCGAAGGGGGCAGAGGAGACGGCCCCGCUGGAGGGAUGGAGACGCGGACAACUAUCGACCCUCCUACAAUAAGAACCCGCAGUCCAUGAGUCCCGUCCUGCUGUCACAGAGGCAUUUUGACAAGGAUGCUCCUGUGGAUAAGUAUGUGUUGGCCUCAAUGCGGUGGGGUCUGGUACCCUCAUGGUUUAAGGAGAGUGACCCCAGCAAGAUGAAAUACAGUACCAGCAAUUGCCGCAGUGAGAAUAUAUUGCAGAAGAAGUCCUACAAGGACCCUAUGUUGAAAGGACAGCGCUGCGUCAUCCUAGCUGAUGGUUUCUAUGAGUGGCAAAAGGUUGAAAAAGGCAAGCAGCCUUUCUUCAUCUACUUCCCUCAGACUCAGCCAGGACCCAGCCAGGAGGAAAGAAAGAACUCAGACUCUGAGUCAGUGCGCCCUCCAGCCAAAGCCUCCUCUGGUUUGAUGAAGGGAGGAGAAGCUGCAGGUGAGUGGACAGGAUGGAGGUUGCUAACUAUGGCAGGAGUGUUUGACUGCUGGACACCACCAGGAGGUGGAGAACCCCUUUACUCAUAUAGUGUAAUAACUGUGAAUGCUUCCCCAAAUCUGCAAAGCAUCCAUGAUAGGAUGCCAGCGAUCCUUGAUGGGGAGGAAGAGGUUAGGCGCUGGCUGGAUUUUGGGGAGGUGAAGUCUCUAGAAGCUCUCAAACUGCUCCAGUCAAAAAAUAUUUUGACUUUUCACCCCGUCUCUUCGUUAGUCAACAACACGCGCAACAACUCUCCAGAAUGCCUCCAACCAGUGGAUCUCAACAGCAAAAAGGAGCCCAAGUCCACAGCAAGCAGUAAGAUGAUGGCAAGCUGGCUGUCGAGCAGUUCACCUUCAAAGAGGAAGGAGUUCCACACAAGUGAAAGUAAAGAAGAGCGAGAAAGCAAGCCACAGAAUCAGCGCAAGUCUGCAGGAGGACUUCAGCAGUGGCUUCAGGGAACCAACAAGAAACCAAGAACAAAGUAAAUACAUGAACUGAAAACUCGACAGUGUUUGAAAGACCAUUCAGGCCUUACUUAUUGUACUCUGCUGCUGUAUAAUUGUAUAAGAAAAAGUUCAUUUUUUACUUGUACUUAU